AUGAAAAGAUCAGUGAUUCAACGUCGGUCCAGAUCUGAAGCCGAGAACAACUACUUCGAGAAAGUUAUCAAACAUUACGAGAGUGGAUUUAAAACACAGGGGGGAGCUUCGUGGAUAGGACUUGAUAAUCUUCAUGCACUUACGAGUUUUCCGAACAACCAACAAGCUCUCAGAAUCGAACUGACAAAAAUAGGACAAAGGGAACCGACAGUAUUGCUCUAUCACAAAUUCGUCGUCGGCUCCAAACAGGAGGGUUACAAGCUGACCGUUGCCGACUACGAGGGUCCUCAUCAAGAUUACGACGCGUUGUCCUACCACAACGGACAGAAGUUCACCGUCAAGAAGAGCAUGACGCAGCCACCCGACGGAGACAGAUGCUCCGCGGAAGCUGGCGCGAUGGACACGACAGGCGUCCCCUAA